CAGUCUCCUACUGGGAGAGAACAAAGAAGACGACAGUCCCUGUCAAUAUUACAGAACCGGGGCAACCCAACCGGCCGUGUGACUUUUUCCAAAACGCGACUUUCUUCUCCGACAAGCAAUUCACGACGCUGCUCACUGAUUCUCCGACCAUCUUUCUCCCCUAAUCAACCCGUUAUCUCAUCAGAAACCCAAAAAUCCCCGGCGAAGUAAGAUGACGGAAUCGAUCAAAUUCAGCGUACUAGUAUCUCUCUUCAACUGGAUCCAAAAAAGCAAAACCUCAUCUCAGAAACGCUCCAAGUUCCGCAAGUUUCUCGACACUUACUGCAAACCCUCAGACUACUUCGUCGCAGUACGACUCAUCAUCCCGUCGCUUGAUAGGGAACGAGGUAGCUACGGUCUCAAGGAGUCAGUGCUCGCCACGUGUCUGAUCGACGCGCUUGGUAUCUCUCGUGACGCUCCUGACGCUGUUCGUCUUCUCAAUUGGCGUAAAGGAGGAACCGCUAAAGCUGGUGCCAAUGCUGGAAACUUUUCUUUAAUUGCUGCUGAGGUUUUGCAACGUAGACAAGGUAUGGCUUCAGGUGGUUUGACUAUUAAGGAAUUGAAUGAUUUGCUUGAUCGUUUGGCUACUAGUGAGAACAGAGGGGAGAAGACUUCUGUUCUUUCUACUCUGAUUCAGAAGACAAAUGCUCAGGAGAUGAAGUGGGUCAUUAGGAUAAUUUUAAAAGAUUUGAAACUGGGAAUGAGCGAGAGGAGUAUAUUUCAUGAGUUCCAUCCAGAUGCUGAGGACUUGUUUAAUGUUACGUGUGACUUGAAACUAGUUUGUGAAAAGUUGAGGGAUCGACACCAACGGCAUAAGCGCCAGGAUAUAGAGGUAGGAAAAGCCGUACGGCCUCAGUUAGCUAUGCGUAUCAGUGAUGUAAAUGCUGCUUGGAAGAAGCUACAUGGGAAAGAUGUAAUUGCUGAAUGCAAAUUUGAUGGGGAUCGCAUACAAAUACACAAAAAUGGGACUGAGAUACACUAUUACUCUAGGAACUUCCUUGACCAUUCUGAAUACGUGCAUGCCAUGUCGGAUCUUAUUGUACAAAAUAUAUUGGUGGACAAGUGCAUCCUUGAUGGGGAAAUGUUGGUCUGGGAUACAUCUCUGAAUCGGUUUGCUGAGUUUGGUUCAAAUCAGGAAAUAGCCAAGGCAGCAAGGGAAGGUCUUGACAGCCAUAGACAGUUGUGUUAUGUUGCCUUUGAUGUUCUUUAUGUUGGCGAUACUAGCGUCAUCCACCAGAGUUUGAAGGAACGGCAUGAACUGCUGAAAAAAGUGGUCAGGCCUUUAAAAGGUCGUCUAGAAGUUUUAGUACCUGAAGGUGGUCUCAAUGUUCACCGCCCUUCAGGGGAACCUAGUUGGUCUAUUGUUGUUCAUGCUGCUGCUGAUGUUGAGAGAUUUUUCAAAGAAACAGUUGAAAACAGAGAUGAAGGAAUUGUGCUUAAAGACCUGGAAUCAAAAUGGGAACCUGGAGAUCGUAGUGGCAAGUGGUUGAAGUUGAAGCCUGAAUAUAUCCGGGCUGGUUCUGACCUUGAUGUUCUUAUAAUAGGAGGAUACUAUGGCUCCGGACGUCGUGGAGGGGAGGUAGCACAGUUUCUCGUCGCCUUGGCUGACCGGGCAGAGGCUAAUGUGUAUCCCAGGCGAUUUCUGUCCUUUUGUAGAGUUGGCACUGGACUUUCUGAUGAAGAACUUAACACUGUUGUAAGCAAACUGAAGCCUUAUUUCAGAAAAAAUGAACACCCAAAGAAGGCUCCACCAAGCUUCUAUCAGGUCACAAAUCACUCAAAAGAGAGACCAGAUGUUUGGAUUGAAAGCCCAGAGAAAUCAAUAAUACUUUCAAUCACUAGUGAUAUCAGGACAAUAAGGUCUGAGGUGUUUGUUGCACCUUACAGUCUGAGGUUUCCUCGUAUUGAUAAAGUAAGAUAUGACAAGCCUUGGCAUGAAUGUCUCGAUGUGCAGGCUUUUGUGGAAUUGGUGAACUCUAGUAAUGGCACCACACAGAAACAGAAGGAAUCUGAAAGCACACAUGACAAUCCGAAAGUUACUAAAUCCUCCAGGAGAGGAGAGAAAAAGAAUGUGUCUCUUGUCCCUUCUCAGUUUAUUCAAACUGAUGUAUCGGAUAUCAAGGGCAAGACAUCAAUCUUCUCAAAUAUGAUAUUUUAUUUUGUUAAUGUGCUCCGGUCUUAUUCUGUUGAUACAUUUCACAAAAUGGUGGUUGAGAAUGGAGGAAAGUUCUCAAUGAACUUAAACAACUCAGUGACUCAUUGCAUUGCAGCGGAAAGCAGUGGAAUAAAGUAUCAGGCAGCAAAGCGUCAGCGAGAUGUCAUCCACUUUUCAUGGAUCUUAGAUUGUUGUUCACGAAAUAAGAUGCUUCCUUUGCAGCCAAAGUACUUCCUCCACCUCACUGAUGCUUCAAGGACCAAAUUACAGGAUGACAUUGAUGAAUUUUCGGAUUCUUAUUACUGGGAUUUAGACCUUGAAGGUCUCAAACAGGUCUUAAGCAAUGCCAAGCAAUCCGAAGACUCAAAAUCCAUUGAAUACUACAAGAAAAAGUUAUGUCCAGAGAAAAGAUGGUCCUGCCUCUUUGGCUGCUGUGUUUAUUUUUACCCGUAUAGUCAAACAUUGAGCACUGAAGAGGAAGCUCUGUUGGCAAUUAUGGCUAAGAGAUUAGCGCUUGAAGUUUUAAUGGGUGGUGGUAAAGUUAGCAAUAAUCUUGCUCAUGCGUCGCACCUUGUAGUCCUUGCUAUAACAGAAGACUCUUUGGAUUUCACUUCAGUUUCAAAAAAUUUCAGCGAAGUGGAGAAGCGCCUUUUGUUGAAGAGAAGGCUACACGUUGUUAACUCUCACUGGUUAGAAGACAGCUUGCAAAGAGAGCAGAAACUUUGCGAGGACGUCUACACUCUGAGGCCUAAGUAUAUGGAAGAGUCUGAUACUGAAGAAUCAGAUAAAUCUGAACAUGAUACAGCGGAAGUAGCUUCCUGUGGUAGUGUUCAAACCGAAGAGCCAGCUUCCUCUAAAAUGGAAAUUAGGAGUUCAAGAGGACGGUCAAGUACUCGAGCUGUUAAAAGGGGAAGGUCUUCUACAAACUCAACGCAUCGAGUACAGAGACGCAGAGGCAAGCAGCCUUCUAAGAUAGGCGGGGACGAAAAAGAGGAGAGCGAUGCUUCUGAAGAAAGGGUUUCAACAAGACUCAGUGAUAUAGCAGAAGAGUCAGAUUCGUUCGGUGGGGCUCAAAGAAACUCUAGCAGAGGAGAAUCUGCAAAGAGAGGAAAGUCUCGUGUAGGACAAACCCAAAGAGUACAGAGAUCACGAAGAGGCAAGAAGGCUUCGAAGAUUGGAGGAGAUGAGUCUGAGGAACAUGAUGGUUUUGAUGACAUGGACAAUGUGUCAGCAGAUGCAUUAGAGAGUAAUGCAGCCGGUAGAUCAGUGGAAAACGAAGAAAUCCGAGAGCCUAACAUAGCAAAGCACAGAGAAUCACUGCAUAAAGAGAACAUAGUAGCAGUUGAAGAGGCCUCAGAAGAUUCUAGAAAUGCAAAGACCGAGAUGGGUAUGAGAGAGAAAUUACAAAUCCACGAGGAUCCACUACAAGCUAUGUUAAUGAACAUGAUCCCGAGCCUCAGUCAGAAAAACACAGAGACAUCAAACCGUAUCACUGGGGAAAAUAGAUACACUAAUGUUUUUAAUGAUUGUGAGUCUUCAGAGAAAAGGAAACUCAGCGCCGAGACUGGUAAUACUUCUGUAAACGCAGGCGCAGACGCAGACGCAGACGCAGAGGCAGACACAGUUCCUCCUCCUGUGAAGAAAAAGAAAGUCAGCUACCGGGAUGUUGCCGGAGAACUGCUCAAAGACUGGUAAAACGCUGCUGUUUUGGACCAUGUAAGGAAGCUCUUGUGUUAUGUAUAUAUAUAUGUUGUCUAACUCAUGCAAUUUAGUUGUUGGUCAUGUAGAAGAGGUUUUUUUACUCAUGCAAUUUCAACCAUUUUUUUUAUUUUCAGCUGUGAUUCUCUUGUUUGGUUUC